UCAGGGAGGGGGCCGGGCCGGAGCGGGUGGAGCAGGCUGCGGCCGCCGGAGACCUUCCCGACGCCCCCAGCUCCGGCGGGAAGUGAGCAAGGAUGACUGAGGAAAGUGGGAACAAGCGAAAGACCAUGGCAGAGAAGAGACAGCUGUUCAUAGAAAUGCGUGCUCAGAAUUUUGAUGUCAUACGACUAUCAACUUACAGAACAGCUUGCAAAUUACGAUUUGUGCAAAAACGAUGCAACCUUCAUCUUGUUGAUAUCUGGAACAUGACUGAAGCCUUCCGAGACAAUGGCCUUAAUACACUGGACCAUACUACCGAGAUCAGUGUAUCCUGCCUGGAAACUGUCAUCUCAUUCAUCUACUGUCAGUUGAACAAGCGCCUUCCUUCUACUCACCAAAUCAGUGUAGAACAGUCUAUCAGCCUCCUCCUCAACUUGAUGAUUGCUGCAUAUGACAGUGAGGGCCGAGGCAAGUUGACGGUAUUUUCAGUUAAAGCUAUGUUAGCAACCAUGUGUGGUGGAAAAAUGCUGGACAAAUUGAGAUAUGUUUUCUCCCAGAUGUCAGAUUCCAACGGCUUAAUGAUAUUUAGCAAGUUUGACCAGUUUCUGAAGGAAGUUCUGAAGCUCUCAACAGCUGUCUUUGAAGGGCCAUCUUUUGGUUACACAGAGCACUCAGUCUGCACCUGUUUUCCACAGCAGAAAAAGAUAAUGCUAAAUAUGUUUUUAGACACAAUGAUGGCCGACCCUCCUCCCCAGUGCCUUGUCUGGCUACCUCUCAUGCACAGGCUUGCCCAUGUUGAGAAUGUCUGCUAUCCUGUGGAGUGCUCCUGUUGCCGGUGUGAGAGUAUGAUGGGUUUCCGGUACCGAUGCCGGCAGAGCCACAACUAUCAGCUCUGCCAGAAUUGCUCUUGGCGUGGUCAUGCCAGUGGCCCUCACAGCAACCAGCACCAGAUGAAGGAGCAUUCCUCUUGGAAAUCCCCUGCAAAGAAGCUGAGCCAUGCAAUUAGUAAGUCUUUGGGGUGUGUACCCACGAGAGAACCCCCGCAUCCUGUUUUUCCUGAGCAACCAGAGAAACCACUUGACCUUGCACAUAUAGUUCCUCCUCGUCCUCUGACUAAUAUGAAUGACACCAUGGUUCGCCACAUGUCCUCUGGAGUGCCCACUCCCACCAAGAGUGUUCUGGAUAGUCCUAGCCGACUGGAUGAGGAACACCGGCUUAUAGCUCGCUAUGCUGCCCGGCUGGCUGCAGAAGCAGGAAACAUGGCUCGUCCUCCCACUGACUUGAGCUUUAACUUUGAUGCCAACAAACAACAAAGACAGCUUAUUGCAGAACUGGAAAACAAAAACAGAGAGAUCCUGCAGGAGAUUCAGCGCCUCCGCCUGGAACAUGAGCAGGCCUCCCAGCCCACUCCUAAGAAGGCCCAGCAGAACCCCACGCUGCUGGCAGAGCUGCGGCUGCUGAGACAAAGGAAGGACGAACUGGAGCAGAGGAUGUCAGCAUUGCAGGAGAGCUGGCGGGAGCUGAUGGUGCAACUGGAAGGGCUGAUGAAGCUACUGAAGGCUCAAGCCGCAGGGUCCCCACGUACAUCUCCCACUCACGGAGGUGGCCGUCCGAUGCCUAUGCUGGUGUGCUCGACGUCGGCCGGCUCCACGCCCACCCACUGUCCACAGGACGCGCUCAGCGGAGUUGGGGGAGACGUGCAGGAGGCCUUUGCCCAAGGUACGAGGAGGAACCUCCACGAUGACCUGCUGGUGGCUGCUGACUCCAUCACCAACACCAUGUCAUCCCUGGUGAAGGAGCUCCAUUCAGGUUAGCCGAGGAGCCCAGACAGAGGAAGCUUGGGCACAGAGGACGAGGAGCAAGCUGGCACCAACCUGAUGAAGGCAAGGUCUUCCCCCAGAGGCACAUUCCUAUCCUUCUUUCCGCUGCACACCUGGACCAGGCUCGCAGGCUGCUAGA